GUUUCAAGAGCUGAUGAGAAACAUACGGCCGGUAACAAUGAGUGUUCAGUGCUAGUUAAACAUCCAGCAGAGCUGCAUGCCGUUCCUACCACUUAUUCUCAAACUGCUCCUUCAACCAGCAGCAUCCUUGUGCUCUCAUGCUUUGGUGAGCGUGAUCUCCGUCUCCAUCAUUUUGGCUUUCAUGCAUGCUGCAUUUCAGGACCUGAGCUUUAACAAGUCCUGACGGCUUUAUUGAACUCACCCCUGGAGGCUUACUUCAGUUAAACAAGGAUUGCACUGAUUCAUCAGGGCUAACCUGUCUUGACCAAAGAUCCAAACCAAAGCUGCACCAUGAAGGCACUUCUACUGCUCACCCUACUCACGUUGUGUCAUACGAAACCAUACAAGCCAAUCAACGUCAUGGAUUUCAUGAAGAAUAAUGACAUCAUGCAACAAGACUCGAGUGAUGAUGACGACGAUGGCAAUGAUGACAAUUACGAUGAUUACGACGAUAAUUUUGUUUCGGAUUGUCCCGAAUGGUGCCGGUGCUCAAAGAGAGUUGUGCAGUGCUCAGAUCAGGGUCUGACCAAAGUGCCAAAGGACAUUCCAGCAAACACGGUGCUCAUCGAUCUCCAAAAUAAUGACAUAACCGAAAUCAAGGAAGAUGAUUUCAAGGGCUUGGUUAAUCUCUAUGCCCUGUUUCUGCUCAAUAACCAAAUAUCGAAAGUUCACCCAAAGGCUUUUCGCAACAUGGACACACUCAAGAUUCUCCACCUAUCAUACAAUGAGCUGACACAAAUCCCUGACAACCUUCCCAAGGGCAUUCAAUCAUUGAGACUGCACGACAACAAGAUCAGCAGAAUCCCAAAAGGAGCAUUUAAAGGAAUGCAAAACCUAAAUGUUUUAGAGCUGAGUGCGAAUCCAAUUGCAAACAGCGGGAUUGAGCCAGGGGCUUUUGAUGACAUGGCAACUCUCUACUUGAGGAUAGCUGAAUCAAAGCUUACAGCUGUGCCUAAAGAUCUCCCAUCUUCCCUCACCGAACUUCACUUGGACUAUAACAAGAUUGGCAAAUUAGAAACAGAGGAUUUUUUGCGAUUAAGAAGUCUACAAAGGUUGUGGCUCGAUUUCAAUCAAAUAAAGUAUGUGGAGAAUGGAACUUUAUCUGGCAUUCCCAAAAUCAGAGAAAUUCAUUUGGACAACAAUAAACUGAAAAAGGUUCCUCCAGGCUUGAACACCCUGAAAUAUUUGCAGGUGAUGUAUCUACAUGCCAACAGCAUCAGUUAUGUUGGAGUAAAUGACUUUUGCCCUUCGAGAGCCCGGGCAAAGAAGACCCUCUUUACUAGGAUCAGUUUAUUUGCCAACCCGGUGAAAUACUGGGAGAUUCAACCGCCAACUUUCCGGUGCGUAUCCAGCCACAAUGCAGUGCAACUGGGCAAUCAGAGAAAGUGAGCUGAGUGCUUCUUACCAACGCAAACCAUCUUUCCACUGGAGGGCAGUAUUUUUAAAAAAUAUUAAGCUAAUCAGAAACUUUAUCCUAAUGCAAUACAAUAUUCUUUCAUGCCAUAACGGUGCUGUACAGAACCUAAUUUAACCCUUAAUUGAAAGCAUCAUAUCUGCAGAUACUUGAAUUUGGUGAGGAUUUUGAUGACAUUACAGGACACCUAUUUGGACAUUCUGCCGGGAUAUCAAGUACCAGUAAAUUGGGCUUGUUUUGAAAUCAACAACACUGUAUGCAAUAGAAAAAUUGGUUUUCAUAGUUACCAUUUACAUGGAAUUCCUGGGUUAUAGUCUCCUGGGAAAAAUGUAAUCACAUAUUUUUAGAUUUUCCCAAUGUAUUGAAGGUUUAUAAAUGCUUGCUUGCUUAAACAAAUAACAAUCAAGAAUGAAAGAAGUCGUCACACAAUUUACCAGUUCGGCCAGUUUGUUCAUUGUUUUUGAGAAACGAAGAAUUAAAUACUUUUGUAUUUUAGAAAAUGGGCAUUAUUCAUUGGUACUUAAGUGAUUUUAGUGAUUUUUCUAAGGAAUUCUAACAGGAAAUGUCAUACAACAAAAUUCUAAAAUUAAUUUCUAAUAUUGCAUGCUAAUUUUUGUGUAACUUUUUAUUUAUGGUAUUGUUUUCUCUUGAAUAUUAUAUGGACAGACAUUCUGUCAGAUCUGACCACCUGGUUGUUUGCCGUUUGCAAAACAGUCCCCUGUUUUGCAGAACUUACUGUAAUUGCAACAAAAGCUUGUUAACCAGCAGUGCUGUAUCACCUGUAUCUAAUUCAGAUGUUUCCAACAGUUUCAUUUGAAAAAUAAAUACAUUUUGUGGUCAGUAAAUCUUGCAAGCCUCAGAACGUUUAAGAAUGUGCACAUUUGUCCAGCAUUAAGACAAAACACCAGCAGAUGGAGACUUUGGUGUAGGAUUUGACUUGUUCUUCAGGACAGGUGAAAACCCAACUGGAUAAUUCAAUAUAACCAAACCUCUGAACCUCCAGAAAGAUGAAAAGACAUUGGGUUUAAUAUAGCCAGAUGAUAGUGAUGCUUUGUUGAAAUCAGGUUAACUGUAUAUUCAUUAUGUUAUUGUAUGUUUUUUUUUUAUAAAUGUGAACUUAGUCCAAAUAACUGUGGUUCUAAUUCAUACUCUAACACAAUGAAAACACUCAAAUUAAUUUUUAAUAUUUUUCAAAUCAUCACAAAUUUUUGCUGUUAAAGCUGAAGUGUGCGAUUUUAUUUGAUGUUAAAAUACUUUUCCCAAUCAUGGCUCAAAAAUACAGAAGCAACUAUUGCUAAGCCAUUUGUAGGUUGAUUUCAUUUAAAUGUGUAAAAACUGUGGCUUUGUGGCGCUCAAAACAUUUGUUUGACCAUCCCGACCAGCCCAAACCAGCAUCGUUGGCUCAACCAAUGAUGUGAGAAUAAUGGGGAACACGGGAAUGUUCCGAAAGCAUGUUUAAAAACAAUUAUUUCCAAUUUUGAUGAUGCUAGUGGUGCAGAAAUUACACAUUCAGCUUUAAGGUUUGGGAAAAGAGGGGUGGAGGGAAGAGUGAAAGAGAGAGAGUCUCUGCUCAGGAAACAUAUGGAACAAAUCUUCAGGUUGGCCUGAUCUGCUGCUGCCACGUCUCUCAUGGUGUCUCCAAAAAAAAACUCACAACAGAUUUGGAUCAUUUAGGGUCCCUGAGCCCCAGAAAACACCUGAGGGAGACGGACAGAUACAUCUUGGUGUUGCUUCAAAGUAAAUCCUUACACCAUAUUAUCAUACUUGUGUGAUGACUCAAUCAUUAUUUAAGCUAUUGUUCAACCAACAUUUUUUAUUCUGUCAUUUACUAAUCCUCAUGCCAUUCCGAACUGAUAAUUAGAUAUUAACAACUGAACAGAGUGCUGGUGGAGUAGUGGACUAAAGCACAUAACUGGUAAUCAGAAGGUUGCUGGUUCGAUCCCCACAGCCACCAUCAUUGUGUCCUUGAGCAAGACACUUAAAUCCAGGUUGCUCCGGGGGGAUUGUCCCUGUAAUAAGUGCACUGUAAGUUGCUUUGGAUAAAAGCGUCUGCCAAAUGCAUAAAUGUAAAUGUAACUGACAGCCCGUUCCUCUCACAAAGCUAUUGUAAUGAUUGAAGACUUGGAAUAAAGUGCAAGUCACAUGGAAAACUG